UUGGUGUCUAAAUUACAUAAUGAUCUUAGUAUUGCUUUUAGUUGCACAGGCACAAAUAGAUACAAGGCUUGUCAAUAAUCAUAACUGAGUUAUUGGAAUGUCAAUGACAAUAAAUCAGACUUUUGACAUCAGGCUUACUGACCGUAAUAACAUAACCUACAAAGAGUUAUCUGAACGAAUUGAGUCAGCAAUUGACACAAGUUAUUCUAAUAAGCUAACCGGCUACAAGGUUGGUUCUGCAAAAGUCACUGGCUUCAGGCCUGGUAGUGUUAUAGCAGACUACACAAUAAGUGCAACAUCCAACAGCCUUGAUUUUGGAGCAGCAAACACACAGCUUUCUGACUCUCUAAGGGCACAAAGAAUAAUUUUAGUUAAAGAUGCUUUUGCUCAAAGUGAUCAAACAGUCUUCACAACAGAUCAGUUAUAUCCUCUGCAAAAGGUGGACCUGAACUGUAAACAGCCAGACUUUGCAAAGGGACAAAUAAAAUGGACAGUGGAUAACAAAGAUGCUGCACUGGACAACACAAAAUACUUCAUUUCAAAGGACAACAGAACUCUCACUGUAAAGAACGCUAGUGAAAGUGACAGUGGCCGAUACUCAUGCAUCAUACAAGGCAAUGUACCAUACAUUCAGUGGCAAAACAUUGCUAUUAAAAAACGCCCCAAUAUCAUUGUGGGUGAAAAGGACCACUAUUUUCUCUGUGAUGGCAGCAGUUUCCAACUGAAAUGUUCUGUUAAUGUUGGCUACAAUAUUGAGUGGGUCCUGGGUGAAAAUGUAUUAAUGCAAGGAAACGACAGUGUCACAUACACCCAAAAAGGAAAUUGUACAGACGAAAUCUUUACAUGUCGUCUCAGGGGUCUGUCACAACUACUGAACUAUGGAUAUAGCCAGAGCAGUGUUACAGUUAGGACAAUCACAGCAGAUGCUUCAUCGAAUGAUAUCUGUCAAAAUGAAGAACUUGGAGUUGGAAAAACAAAUGAUGUGAAGACAGGAGUCUGUGGAACAGGCAUGAAAGGCACCAUAACUUACAAAUGUGAAUCAAAUGUUUGGAAACCAGUAGAGGACAACUGUGUACUUGAAGAUAUCGACAAACUUACAAGUAAAGUUGAGUCCUUGCUUGUGGAGGAGAUUCCAGUAUUUAUGGCUAACCUCAGUAUUGCCACAUCAGAGAACAAUAUUAAUAUAACCCAGUCUGCUGCUAGUGUCCAAGCAAUUGUGGAUAUACUCUCUAAAAUUGCUAAUUUGGCACAAUCAGUUGUUAUCAAUAAACCAGUAAUGGAGCAUUUUCUAAAAACAGUGGAUAUUAUUGUGUCAGAUAAUGUCACAUGGAACAAAUUGAGCACAAAUAACACCAGCAUUAAACUUCUGAGCGCUAUUGAGGAUAUAAGUGACCGUCUCACAGAUGAGUUUGAGAUUUUUGAAACAUCCAUUCAGCUGAAAAGAACUACAAUUAAAAACUCAUUCACUUUAACAUCAAGACUGCCAAACUCAACUACGGAGAUUGUCAUGCCACAGGUUCCUCAGGCGACUAUCAUAACCAUCAUAAUCUUCACAACUCUUGACAAUGUCCUGCCUUCUCAAGGUACUAAUGACAGCAGGAAAUCAGAUGUCCGCAUCAAUGGAGAUGUGGUUGUUGUUAAGGUUAAUGAAACGCUUAACAACAUUUCUUUUACAUUUGACAUUACUAAUCAGUCUUUGGGAAAUCCUCAGUGUGUCUUUUGGAACUUUAGUCUCAACACAUGGGAUUCCACUGGAUGUGAAGUAAAGCGGAACAACACUGGCAACAUUACAUGUGAAUGCAACCACACAACCUCUUUUUCAAUCCUAAUGUCACCGUUUUCCAUUGAUUCCAAUUCCAAUUAUCGCAUGGCCUUAGCCUAUAUAACUUAUAUUGGCGUAGCUAUUUCGAUGGCCAGCUUGAUUAUAUGCCUGAUUAUUGAGAAAAUCGUAUGGAAGUCAAUAAGAAGAAAUGACACAUCCUACAUGCGACAUGUCUCCAUAGUCAACAUUGCUGUGUCCCUGCUGAUAGCAAACAUCUGUUUUAUCAUUGGAGCUGCAAUUGCAGACAAAGAGCAGCCAACCUCAGUGGGUCGCUGCAGUCCAGCGGUUUUCUUCAUGCACUUUUUUUACCUGGCUCUUUUCUUCUGGAUGUUAAUGUCAGGACUGUUGCUCUUUUACCGUACAGUCAUGGUCUUGUCUCAAAUGUCAAGGGCUAAAAUGAUGGUCAUUGCCUUCACAGUCGGUUAUGGUGCACCUUUGCUUAUAGCAGUCAUUACUGUUGCAUCAACAGCUGGACCUCAAAAUUAUAUUUCCAAAAGAAAUGCAUGCUGGCUGAACUGGUCUGACUCUAUGGCUCUGCUGGCAUUUGUGAUUCCAGCUCUCACUAUUGUAGCCAUAAACCUUGUGGUUUUGAUUGUGGUUCUGUACAAGAUGUUGAGGAGAGGAGUUGGUGCCGCAACUCAACCAGAUGAGAAACAUGCCCUGGUGGUCAUUGCCAGAUGUGUGGCCUUUUUGACUCCUAUUUUUGGUCUAACAUGGGGAUUUGGAAUUGGAACCAUGGUGUCACGUGACUUUGGCAUCCAUGUGGUGUUUGCACUCCUCAAUUCACUGCAGGGAUUCUUUAUUUUGGUGUUUGGAACACUUUUAGACAGCAAGGUUCGUGAGUCACUACCAGGAAAGCUGUUGCUACAGAAACUCACUUCUAGCCAUACCAAUAACACCAGUGCAGGAAUAUCAUCCACAUCUGGACUGCCUUUCUUGCGACGGAGGAAUGUGUACAAUGUGUCAGAAGCCAACCCUUCCUCAGCAUUUCCAUCUUCAGAAAGCUCCAGUGGCUCAUAUGCUGUUAUAAACGAUUAAUUUUUUUUUUUUUUUUUUUUGAGGAAAUGUUUAUACUCUCUCAGACAUUGAGGUACAAAACUGUAACUAGGGCAGUACCCUUUCAAAAUGUUCUAAUAUGUAUUUUUUAAAGUACUAUAUGUACCAUGUGGGUAAAUAAGUCGGGACAAAAGAUAUUUUGUAUAUUUUAUUUUUGAGAGUGUUUACUGAUAGGAUUAGUCUAAAAAUAAGGCUACAAUAUGACUUUGCUUUAUUGUGUAUAUUCUGUGAAUGCAGGGUGUGGACUUUUUAUUUGUAGGCCUUCUUAACAAAUUGGGGUCAUUUUCAACUCAAGAAGUGUUCUCUGUUUUGCAAAGUUCACUUU